GCCUGACGCCAGACCGGCUAUCGUUUUCCUCCCUGCGACGCUUUUCUUUUGUGAUACCCAAACAGUACUUUCCCCACUGUCGAUCACCGUCUUCGCGCGAAGCCUGGACAAGAUAGACACAAGUCAUUACUGUCCAACACAUCAACGAGAAGAAAACAGACAUCAUGGGUGAAUCACGACAAGAACUCCUGUCAUGGAUGAACAGCCUCUUGCAGCUCAACAUGACCAAAGUUGAGCAAUGCGGAACUGGCGCUGCCCUCUGCCAAAUCUACGACAGCAUCUUCCAAGAUGUGCCGAUGUCUCGAGUCAAGUUCAACGUCAACACCGAGUAUGCCUACAUACAGAACUUCAAGGUCUUGCAGAACACCUUCGCGAAGCACCAGAUCGACAAGACCGUCCCCGUUCAGGCCCUCGUGAAGUGCAAGAUGCAGGACAAUCUCGAGUUUCUGCAGUGGACUAAGAGGUUCUGGGACCAAUACUACCCCGGCGGUGACUACGAUGCCGUGAGCCGACGCAAGGGCGCUGCUGUGGGAGGCGCCGGCGGCGGCGCUGCACCCCGAGCCGCAGCAGGUAGCGCCGCCGCGCGACGGGUUGGUGGCACGACCCCGUCUGGAGGCGCUCGUCUGGGUGUAGGCAAGGCUGCCGGUGGUGGCGCUGCAUCCGCAGCGCUGCAGGCGGAGAUCACGCAGCUUAAGGAGACGGUGGUGGGUCUGGAGCGGGAGCGGGAUUUUUACUUCUCUAAGCUGCGCGACAUAGAACUGCUCGUCCAGCAGGCUGUCGAGGAAGACCCAGAGCUCGAGAAGCAGGAGGACGGCCUGGUCAAGCAGAUCCAGCUGAUUCUCUACUCGACGGAGGAGGGCUUCGAGAUCCCUGCCGAAGGGGAGGAAGAGGAGGGCUUGGACGACCAGGAGACUUUCUGAUCGCCCUGACCGGCAGGUUGGCGAGAUGCUCCUCUUGAUGAGCCCAUAGAACGCCUCUCCACCUGGACCUGUGCCAACGAGAUCGCUCCGAAAACUUAGGUUGGGGAUGUUGUAAUGGGUUUAAUGUAAGAACUUCGAGAGGGUCUUGAGUGCGUGAUAGACAGAAUCUUGGUCAACUAAGGCAGACUUGUACGGAUAGUCUAGUUGACUUGGGGUCAUGGCACGCCGUGUGGGCAACUUCACUAGUGAUUAGACACAAGAUAAUUAUUUCGCAUUCUC